CCUCAUGGGUCAUUCCAUGUGAAAUCGACAAGGUUCAAAUCGACCAGUGCUCCGAUUUUGAUGAAACUUGCAGCGAUUGUUGGUCUUAUGGUCCCAUUGAAGUUGCCAAAAUAUUUUGGUCGAAAUGUCAAAGGGGUCUGAGUAGUGCACGAUUCAAUUUUUUUCACUUUUUGUGAAUGGGUAUCCGUUUUUUGCUAAUAUCUCCGGAACUAUUCGUCGUACGACAAAAAUGAGUACACCGUUGGAAAGAGGAGAAAAAACUGAAUAAAAUCAAAAAAAAAUUAUUUUUUUUGGAGAAAAAAAAUUUUCUUUUAUACUAAACUCAAACUUUCAAAGUUAUGUUUGAAACUGUUCCCCUUCAUCAAAAUUGACAUGCUAUGGCUCAAAAAGUAGCUUUACCCUUCCCCUAAACGAAAAUGUCAAUCAUACAAAGUACUUUUUUUCGUUUGGGAGAACGAGCGAUUUCCGUGGACCUCUGCACUGGAUCCGGGCCUACCCUCUGCCUGAACGGUGCACAACGGCCCGGCGCUGUGGCACCGCGGUGUCCUGCCACCCACCCCCAUCCCUUUCCGCAGUUCCCAGAGCAGAAGUAGGGGCGCCUGGAGGGUAGGCCGCACCCCGCACGCCGCCCCGGGCUCCCACGGUCACCGCCCAGCAGGUAGGCAACCCUUCCUAUUCACCCCGAGCCUUGCUUCGUGGCGCAGCCGAAGUGCAGCCGAAGUUGAUGCGAAAACGGCAUUCCCCCCGACGGUGCUGCCAGUGUUUGGGCUGUGGCGACAAGACGAACUUGUUGUUGUUCGUUUGUCUUGGUUUGUUUACUUUCUGCACCGACUACUUGUUGGAGUAAAUAUUUUUUGAGCAUUGACUUUGAGUCGAUUUUAUGCCCUGAAAAGGUUCCCCCUGCACAAUGGGCCGAGCAGACACCAAGAAGUGUUUCCUGAGAAAGGUACAACAUCUUCCUGAUGUUGGUGCCUGCUCUGGGGAUUUCACUGCAAGAGCCAGCCUAUCUCCAGAAAGGAUUCGUUUGCUCAAGAUCAGAAGUGGCUGCAGAAAGAGUUUGCAGUAUGUUUGUGAUGGACAUUUCACUAAGUUCAUUCACCGCUUUGAAGCACACCAGAAAAACUGCUGUCUUCAUCAGUCAACAUCUGUUCAUGAUGGCCCUCCAGCCAAAAAGAAAAAAACUGGCACUCCUCAAUUGCAUGUUAUUACACUCCAAAUGCGGGACAGUGCCAAAACUAUUGGACUUGCUUUGGUGCCCGGCAAGAAAGUGUGUGUCAAGUGCAAGAUUGACCUGAACGCUAAAAUCAAAGCUGCUGAAAAAUCUGCCGCAGAAAAGGCUGCUCAAGAAUCUUCAAGCAACGCUCCUGACCCGGCUUCAAUUUCCAACCCUCCUAUAUUUUCGUCACCUAGUGUAGGGUCUACUUUGGCCCCCAGUGAUAUUACAACUCCCACUGUACCUGCUGAUAAUAAGGCUUCUAAAGAAGAGUUUUUUCAGGAGAGUAUUGAUGGAUUAAAUACUUGGCUGUCCUCUCUUGGAUUCUCUCCUGUUAAUGAAAGGAAAUUAAAGACUCAGAAGAGCUAUGGGCGUAAAGUUAUGAAGAAAAUAAGAGCAGCGCUGACAAAAUUUUCUGAUCAACAACUAACUGAGGACGAAGAUGCAGCAUACUUCAGAGAAAUAAUAGGCCAACUACAGCAAUUUAUUGAUUGUCAUCCCCAGCCCGAUAAAAAAUUAUUAGCUUUAUCAGUUGUACCAAAAAGUUGGAGCAUUUCCAGGAUUGAAAGCACAUUUGGGGUAUCCAACUACAUGGCGAGGAAAAGCCGUCUACUAGUGCAAGACAAGGGUAUUCUGUGUGGCCCGGGUCCUAAAGUGGGACGCAAACUUUCACCUGAGACAGUGGAGCUGAUCACCAAAUUCUACUACAGGGACGACAUAAGUCGGCCUCUCCCUGGACCCUAA